AUGGCUUCUUCUUCAUCAUCUUCAUCUACUACUGCUUGGGUGUUUGAUGUUUUCUUAAGUUUUAGAGGAGAGACAAGAAAAUCUUUUACUGAUCAUCUUUAUGAAGAUUUGCGUCAGGCUGGAGUUAACACCUUUCGAGACGAUGAAGAAAUCCGAAAAGGUGAGAACAUCUCUGAUGAGCUAUUGAAGGCCAUCAAGGGGUCCAAGAUAUCCAUCAUUGUAUUUUCCAAAACUUAUGCCCAAUCCAGAUGGUGCCUUGAUGAAUUGGUGAAGAUUCUAGACUGUAAGAAAAAUUUUCAACAGAUGGUUUUGCCUAUAUUCUACAACGUUGAUCCUUUAGAUGUUCGUAAACAAACAGGCGAAUUUGGUAAGGCAUUGGCUCAACAUCUACAACGAUUUAGUGAUCAAAAAGUUGAUGAGUGGAAAGUUGCACUCACUAAUGUUGCUGAUUUGUCUGGAUGGAAUUUGCAAACCAUGACAAACCGUUAUAAUUCAUUUUCAUUGGAUCUUUCAUAUGCUGGUUUAAUCAUUAAGCAAUGUCGAAUGAUUGCUAGUGAUAUCAGGAACAUGUCUCAUGGAUUCGUUUAUAUGAUUUCGUUGGACUUUUGUUUUGGAGUUGGUAUCGCUACCAGAAGCAAAAGCAGUGGUGCCUCAGCAUGGGUUGGAGAUGAAUGCAAUGUGGAGAAGAAGAAGUAUAUGGAAGAUGAGAGUUGA